AUGGCGCACCACGGACAGCAGCAGCACAAGGGCAAGGAGAAGGAGUCCUUCAAGCUCAACGUCGAUGCCGCCUCGCGCGAUUACCACGUUAAUCCGCGUCUCGACUACAGGACAGUGUCCGGUGUGAACGGCCCGCUCGUCAUUCUCGACAAUGUCAAGCUGCCCAAGUACGCCGAGAUUGUCAACUUGACGCUGGGCGACGGCUCCAAGAGGCGCGGCCAGGUGCUCGAGGUGGCGGGCAAGACGGCCGUCGUCCAGGUGUUCGAGGGCACGUCGGGCAUCGACGCCCAGCACACGCGCGUCGAAUUCACCGGCGACAUUCUCCGGUUGGCCGUGUCCGAGGACAUGCUCGGUCGUGUCUUCAACGGCUCUGGCAAGCCCAUCGACAAGGGUCCCAAUGUGCUCGCCGAGGACUACCUCGACAUCCAGGGUCAGCCCAUCAACCCGUGCAUGCGAACCUACCCGCAGGAGAUGUUCCAGACCGGUAUCUCGGCCAUCGACACCAUGAACAGUAUCGCCCGUGGUCAGAAGAUCCCCAUCUUCUCCGCCGCCGGUCUGCCCCACAACGAAAUCGCCGCGCAGAUCUGUCGCCAGGCCGGUCUGGUGAAGAAGAUCGGCGCCGACGUGCGGGACGCCGAGGAGGAGAACUUUGCCAUCGUGUUCGCGGCCAUGGGCGUGAACAUGGAGACGGCGCGCUUCUUCAAGAACGACUUCGAGGAGAACGGCUCGAUGGAGAAGGUGACCCUCUUCCUCAACCUGGCCAACGACCCGACCAUCGAGCGCAUCAUCACCCCGCGUCUCGCGCUCACCACCGCGGAAUUCCUCGCCUACUCGUGCGGCAUGCACGUGUCGGCCGCCCGCGAGGAGGUGCCCGGCCGUCGCGGCUACCCGGGUUACAUGUACACCGAUCUGUCGACCAUCUACGAGCGCGCCGGGCGCGUGGAGGGCCGCAAGGGCUCCAUCACGCAGAUCCCGAUUCUGACGAUGCCCAACGACGACAUCACGCACCCGAUCCCCGACCUGACGGGCUACAUCACGGAGGGCCAGAUCUACGUCGAUCGUCAGCUGCACAACCGCCAGAUCUACCCGCCCAUCAACGUGCUGCCGUCGCUGUCGCGUUUGAUGAAGAACGCCAUCGGCGAGGGCAUGACCAGGCGCGACCACUCGUUCGUGUCGAACCAGAUGUACGCCAACUACGCCAUCGGCAAGGACGUGCAGGCCAUGAAGGCCGUCGUGGGUGAGGAGGCCCUCACCUCGGAGGACCAGCUCUACCUCGAGUUCCUCGACAAGUUCGAGCACAAGUUCCUGGCCCAGGGCAACUACGAGUCGCGCGACGUCUACCAGUCGCUCGACAUCGCCUGGAGCUCCUGCGCCGCAUCCCCGAGAAGACCCUCGCUGAGUUCUACAACCGCGACAGGAGCCAGCAAGUGGCGUGAGUGCGACACCUGGGGGAAGCUGCAAGGUUCGAAAGAAGAAAAAGAAAGCGAAUAA